AUGGGCACCUGGGCCUUCCUCACAGCCCUUUUCCUGCUCUGCCUGACUUCUGAAAGUCUGCAAGGCGGGCUGCCUCGGUUGUCGCCUGGCCUAGGGAAAGGCUUAGGGAGGCUGAAUGGCUACAGAUCAGGCUCUCCAGCUCAGAAUGGCUAUGGAACAGGCAUUGGAAUGGGUAUGAAACCCCACAAGCCGGGGUUUGGGAAUGGGAACGAACUGGGAGCAGGGGCCUUCCCAGGUGCAGCAGCCCAUCCAGGCUUUGGAGGGGGUGCAAAACCCCAGAAGCCAGGAUAUGGAAAUGGGCUGGGAGCUGGUGCCUUCCCAGGGCUGGGAACCCAGCCAGGCGUGGGAGGGGGAAUGAAACCUCCAAAGCCGGGCCUGGGAGGGGGAAUGAAGCCUCAGAAGCCAGGCCCUGCUGCUCAGAAUGGUGGCCAGGUUCCAGGAAUUGGAGGGGGAGUAAAACCUCCAAAGCCAGGAUUUGCCAAUGGGAAUGGGAUGGGAGCCAGGGCCUUCCCAGGAGUCGGAGCCCAGCCAGGCUAUGGAGAGGGUGGAAAACCCCAGAAGCCAGGAUUCAUGACCAGGACCGGACCAGGAGCUGGGGCCAUCCCAGGAGCAGGAGCCCCGCCAGGCCCUGCAGCUCAAAUUGGCUACGGACCAGGCUUUGGAGCGGGUGUGAAACCCCAGAAGCCAGGAUUCGGGAACGGGCUGGGAGCCCAGCCAGUGCAGAAUGGCUACAGAGCAGGCAUUGCAGGGGGUAUGAAACCUCAGAAGCCAGGAUUCGGGAACGGCAAUGGGCUGGGAGCCCGGCUAGGCCCAGCAACCCAGAACGGAUAUGGAGCAGGCUUUGCGGGGGCCAUGAAGCCCCAGAAGCCAGGAUAUGGUAAGGGAAACGGUUUAGGAGCCCAGCCAGGCCCUGCAGCUCAAAUUGGCUAUGGACCAGCAGGCUUUGGAGCAGGUGUGACACCCCAGAAGCCAGGGUUCGGGAACGGGCUGGGAGCCCAGCCAGGCAUUGCAGGGGGUAUGAAACCUCAGAAGCCAGGCCCAGCAACCCAGAACGGAUAUGGAGCAGGCUUUGGGGGGGCCAUGAAGCCCCAGAAGCCAGGAUAUGGUAAUGGAAACGGUUUAGGAGCCCAGCCAGGCCCUGCAGCUCAAAUUGGCUAUGGACCAGGCUUUGGAGCAGGUGUGACACCCCAGAAGCCAGGCAUUGCAGGGGGUAUGAAACCUCAGAAGCCAGGCCCAGCAACCCAGAACGGAUAUGGAGCAGGCUUUGGGGGGGCCAUGAAACCCCAGAAGCCAGGAUAUGGUAAGGGAAACGGUUUAGGAGCCCAGCCAGGCCCUGCAGCUCAAAUUGGCUAUGGACCAGCAGGCUUUGGAGCAGGUGUGAAACCCCAGAAGCCAGGAUUCGGGAACGGACUGGGAGCCCAGCCAGGCCCUGCGGUUCCCAUUGGCCACGGACCCGGCAUCAGUGAGGUCACGAAGCCUCAGAAACCAGGCCUCGGAGUGGGCGUGAGACCUCCAAAGCCAGGAUACAUUCCAGGGAAUGGGGUCCCACCAGGUCUGGGAGUGGGUGUGAAACCUCAGAAGCCAGGAUAUGGCAACGGAAAUGGGCUGGGGGCACAGCCAGGUCCCUGCAAUGGGAAGGUUCCUCCAUUACUUCUCCCCAGGCUUCCCACUGCCGGGGUCCCUUCUGAUAGAGCAGCUGGCUGGGGCCUGAAAUCCCAGCCCCCUCCCCCAGUGCAGAAUGGCAAGUUCCCAGCUCCGACUCCAGCCAUCCAGUGGGGACUGAAACCUCAGAAAGCAGGGUACCGGCCUUUGAAUGGCUAUGGACCGGGAGCAGAACUGGGCUUUGGUGGUGGCCUCAAACCCCAGAAAAUCGGUUUUAGUUACAGGAAUGGUGGUCUGGGAGCUGGGGUCUUCCCUGAGGCCCUCCUGCAGCCAGGGUUCCCUGGGGCCACUGGCUUUAGGAACGGGUACGGCGAGGAAGCCCUGUUGUACCCCAAAGUGGAAGCUCCGGCCCCUGAAGGAAAUGGUCAGGCCAAGGCCCUGAGGGGCUCUCCUUGGCCCUCCCUCCAGACCUGGGGGACCUCCUUGAAGCCCGGAUAUGGGGCCAGAGGUGUAUAUCCAGGGAUCCGGAGCCAGCCAGGGCCCUAUGGGCAGCUGAGCCCAGACCUGGGCCCCGGGCCCUUCGGGGGCCCUGAGGUGAAGAGAGGCAGCAGUAGCCCCCUGGAAAAUGGCUACGGAGGCCAUUGCCCUCUUGGGAAAUGCUGAGCGUCCGGGCCCAUCCACUGCCCAUCCUGAGCGCCUCUGGACCACAGCCUGGUCUGCUGGGCAAGGAAGACCAGCUCCUCGGGCCUGGCCUCUAGCCUGGAGUCUCCUGCAGGCUGGAAGUAUUAAUAAAGGCCUUGCGCUUUC